GUGUUCUGUAAUACAAAAGGGUUGUCAGGCUUAGAGUUCAAGAAAGAACUUGUAGAAAGAUUUGCAGUCAGUAUAACAAGCAAAUUAAAAGAAAAAGUAGUAGAAUUUAACAAUUUAGGAAAAGGAAUAAGACAGAGUAUGGACCACUUAGAUUUGUAUUGUGAUGCUGGUAUGAAGAGGUUUAUGCAUGAUAUAUCAGCAUUAGCUUUAAGUGAUCCAGUUAUUGAGGAUUCUAUGGAAGUGUCACUUAGAAAAAGAUUAGUACUAGCUAGACAAGCAGCAAGAAGUAAGAAAAGAAAGUUUGAUUAUGUAUCAUCUUCUAAGGGAUUAAAUCAGAUGUUUCAACAACCUGUUUAUUGUCAGUUAAUCCAGCAAGCAUUUAGUAGGCAACCAUUAGGGCAAUAUAGUUAG